AUGCCUGAGAUUGGAGAAGUUGCGCGUAUCGUCCACUACCUGCGCAAACACGUCGCCGGCAAGACGAUCCGCGACGUACGCACCCAGCAAGAUGACAUCGUCUACGGCAAGGUCGGCACGAGCGCAUCCGCCUUUGAGAAGGCCAUGACCGGCAAGAAGGUCCUCGACGCGCGGCAGCAGGGCAAGUACUUCUGGCUGGUCAUGUCAGAGCCGCCGCACCCGCUGAUGCACUUUGGCAUGAGUGGCUGGAUGAAGUUCUCCAACGACGACUCGGCAUACUACAAGCCCACCGCCAAAGAGGAGAACCCCGAGUGGCCACCCAAGUACUGGAAGUUUGUGUUUGAAAUGGACGGCGACGGCAAAUGCGAGGCCGCUUUCGUCGACGCCCGGCGCUUGGGCAGGAUUCGACUGAUUGAUGCUCCCGGCGAAGAGCUGAGGAAAGUGAGCCCGCUCAAGGAGAACGGCCCAGAUCCCGUCAUUGACAAGGACAUCCUGACCGUCGACUGGCUGGCCCAAAAGAUGAGGAGCAAAAGGAUCCCCGUCAAGGCCCUGCUACUCGAUCAGGCUAACAUCAGUGGCGUCGGCAAUUGGGUUGGCGACGAGGUGCUCUACCAGGCCAAGAUCCAUCCUGAGCAGUACAGCAACACCUUCAGCGAUACCCAGAUCAAGCAGCUGCAUGACGCCCUCAUCUACGUCUGCGGCCUGGCGUGCGAGACACUGGCUGAUUCCGAUAAGUUCCCUGAAGAUUGGCUGAUGAAGCAUCGCUGGGGGAAGGGCAAGAAAGAUGCCAACAAGCUCCCCAAUGGCGCCAGCAUCACCUUUCUCAAGGUCGGCGGUCGCACUUCGGCCGUCGUUCCCAGCGUGCAGAAGAAGACUGGUGCCGUCGCUGGCGAUGCCGGCAUAUCCGAGCAAGAGGAUGACGAGGAAACGGAGCGCAAGCCUAACGCGAAGCAACGGCGUAAUCCCAACACUGCGAGCAACAAAGCCGCCGUCAAUGGCUCGAAGCGAGGCCGGGGGAAGAAGGAGGAGCAGGCAGAAGACGUGAAGCAAGAAGAAGAGGAGGGAAAGGAAGACGAACCAGCCCCAAAGAGGACAAAGAAGGGGGGCGCGAAGAAAGGUGCGAACGGAGCAGCCGCUAAUGUGGCUGGACAGAAGGCAGCGGCGAGCGAGCCAGAGGGGGGAAGACGGCGCUCUUCGCGGAAUAAGUAA